CACGGUGCGGUCUUAACGUGCAAGGCGGGUGGAGGGCUUCCACGUGACACCCGGCGCGCUUCUUUCCUUCGCCAAUCCCCGUGGGCGGCGCGCAUAUUGGGGCACCGCCGCUCACGGUGCGCACGUUAGCGCGCGAGAGCGCCCGUUGAUUAGCAGCAUCCCCUCCCCGCCCAUGGCACCGCCGCUCCAGGACCUCCGCCGCCUCCUCCGUGGCGUCUCCCUCGUCGCCCUCGAGGCCGCCCGCCGGUCCCCGGCCCUCGAGUCCGCCCGUGCCGGCGACUUUGAAACCCUAAUCUCCAGAACCCUCAAGAGCGCCGUGGUCUCCGCCACCGAUAUCGCCGGGCUCACAAGAGGGAGGCCGCACCUGGUUUCCGCCCCCCGAACUAAGGAGUCCAUCGUUUAUUUCUCCGACCAAGUUCCCGAAGAGGCCGUCGCGAGAUCCGAACACCAGCAGGGCGGUUCCAGGGAGGCUCCGGCAGUGGAGAUUGAAGAGAAAGUCCUUACCUCGGAGGAUUCCAAGGAUGCCAAGGCUAGAGGCGAAUUGAAGGAUUUGGACGGAAAUUGUGGGCACAAAGAUCAAAUUUUGGACGCUUCGAGGGGAAGAAGCGAUGGUGAUGGUGGUGGUGGUGGUAAAAGUGAUGUAACAGUCGUUCCAUUGAAGAGGAGGCGGCCGCGGGAGAGAAGAGUCCCAUCGACCCCUUUUAGCAGAGCUCUUGGGUUUGCUGGUCUGGGUGCUGGGCUUGCAUGGGGAACAAUCCAAGAAUCAGCAAAGAGGAUCGUCUUUGGUAUGCCGAAAACCGACGAGAAGCAGCCUUCCCUUUCACCAUUCUUAUCAGAGCAAAAUGCAGAACGUUUGGCACUUGCACUGUGUAGAAUGCGGGGGGCUGCUCUGAAAUUGGGCCAGAUGUUGAGCAUCCAAGAUGAGACCCUUGUGCCAGCACCGAUUUUGGCAGCUUUAGAAAUAGUUCGUCAAGGUGCUGAUGUGAUGCCAAGGAGCCAGCUCAAUGAAGUCUUGGAUGCUGAACUGGGUCCUGAUUGGUCAUCUAAACUUAGGAGCUUUGAUUAUGAGCCAUUGGCUGCUGCUAGUAUUGGACAGGUUCACCGGGCUGUUAUGAAGGAUGGUUUGGAGGUUGCUAUGAAAAUACAGUACCCUGGUGUUGCAGAUAGCAUUGAAAGUGAUAUUGAGAAUGUGAGGCGGCUUCUAGAUUAUACAAAUCUCAUCCCAAAAGGGCUUUUUCUUGAUAAAGCUAUGAAGGUGGCAAAAGAGGAACUAUCUCGAGAAUGUGAUUAUGUGUUGGAAGCCACAAAUCAAAAGCGAUUCCGUGAGCUACUGUCAGGUUCAGAAGGAUUCUAUGUUCCGAUGGUCUUUGAUGAGAUUUCAAGCAGAAGAGUGUUAACAACAGAGCUUGUCACAGGAAUUCCAAUUGAUAAGGUGGCACUAUUAAGUCAGGAAACUCGUAACUAUGUUGGAAAAAAGUUGCUCGAGCUGACUCUGAAGGAGUUAUUUGUUUUCCGCUUCAUGCAGACGGAUCCAAAUUGGGGGAACUUCCUUUAUGAUGAGACUGCAAAAAUGAUUAAUCUCAUUGAUUUCGGGGCAGCUCGUGAAUACCCACAGCAUUUUGUAGAUGAUUACCUGCGAAUGGUGAUGGCUUGUGCAAACAGUGACAGAGACGCUGUGAUAGAAAUGUCCCGUAGACUAGGCUUCCUUACAGGUGAGGAAUCAGAGGUCAUGUUAGAGGCUCACGUCCAAGCUGGUUUUAUUGUCGGGCUACCCUUCUCGAAACCGGGCGGCUAUGACUUCCGUUCGACCAACAUCGCUCAAAGCAUCUCCAGCCUGGGGGCAACGAUGCUGAAGCACAGGCUAACUCCACCACCUGAUGAGGCCUACAGUCUGCACCGAAAGCUCUCUGGUGCGUUCUUGGCUUGCAUCAAACUCGGUGCUGUGGUGCCAUGCAGAGAGUUGUUGCUACAAGUUUACCAACGGUACCAAUUCAGCAAUGAUGAUGCUGAAAUUUUGUCCGGUUCAGUCUAACCUUUAUUGAUGUCUUAUUCUUGACCAGUACAAUAAUAUUAUGCUGCAGUGGGCAGCUCAAUUUUUUUAGGCCAUUUUUUGAUUUGGCAUCAAUGUUGACAUCAACAUGGUAUAUGGCCUACUCAAUCAAAAUACUUUGUAUAGGCUUGUGCAUUCUUGGUGCUUUUUGUGCGGAGUACAAUAUUGUUGAAAACCUUGAUUCAACCUUGCCUA